AUGCCCUCCAUGAUCAAAUUCGCCGUGGCCGCUCUGGCUGUGGCCGCUCCUCUGGCCAAUGCUCAGACCUGGACCAAGUGUAACCCUCUGACAACGACCUGCCCGUCUGAUCCUGGCUCCACGGAGUCGAAUCUUAACUUCGACUUCACUCAGGCCUCGGCUCUAGACAUGUGGACAACCACCGCCGGCACGGUGAACACGGGCCCCAACGGUGCCGAGUUCACCAUCGCCAAGCGCGGUGAUGCGCCCACCAUUCAGACCUCCUUCUACAUCUUCUACGGUGAGGUUUCUGUCACCAUGAAGGCCGCCUCCGGCACCGGUAUUGUCAGCAGUAUCGUGCUGGAAUCGGACGACCUCGACGAGAUCGAUUGGGAGGCUCUGGGCGGUGACACCACCCAGAUCGAGACCAACUACUUCGGCAAGGGUGAGACGGGCAACUACAACCGCUACACGUGGGCCGCCGUCAACACCCCCCAGGACGAGUUCAACACCUACACCGUGAACUGGCAAAAGGACAGCAUCACCUUCUCUAUCAAUAACAACGUCGUCCGCACCCUGACCUACGCCGAGGCCUCCGGCGGCUCGCAGUAUCCACAGACCCCCAUGACCGUCCGCAUUGGUAUCUGGGCUGGCGGUGACCCGUCCAACGCCCCCGGCACCAUCGAGUGGGCUGGCGGUCAGACCGACUACGCUGACUGCCCCUUCACCAUGUACAUCAAGGAUGUCAGCAUCGUCAACUCCAACCCGGCCAAGUCGUACACCUACGAGGGCAACUCUGGCUCGUCCGACAGCAUUCAGAUCAACGGUGCCACCGGCGGUGGUUCCACUGGCGGUUCCGGCUCCGACACUACCACCUCCUCUUCGACCACCACCACCACCACGACGAAGUCCACCACCACCACUACGAAGACCACGAAGACCACCAUGUCGACUACCACUACCUUGUCUCGCAGCAAGGCCACCGGCUCUGGAGCUGGCUCGUCCACCUCCUCGCGAGGUUCCUCCACGGGCUCCGGCUCGGCCAGCGGCACUGCGACCUCGUCCGGCGCCUCCAGCUCCGGCGGUGCUUCCAGCUCUACCAGCUCCGGCUCCGGCAGCGCCCCGACCACCUCCCACAAUGCCGCUGUCAACAUGGUCGCGAACUACAUGGCUCCGCUGGGUCUCCUGGCCGUGCUGUCUGCAUUUUUCCAGCUGUAA